AUGACAUGCGGGGUUCCCCAGGGCUCUGUGCUGGGUCCCCUUCUGUGGAACCUCGGCUACGACUGGGUGAUCCGAGGGGUGCAGCUUCCCCGCAUGAUCACCGUGUGCUACGCGGACGACACACUGGUGGCCGUACGGGGAAAGGAGCUGGACGAGCUACUCAGGAGGGCGGCGGUGGCGACCGAGCUUACGGUGCAACGCAUAAAACUCCUGGGGCUACGAGUCGCCCUGCCAAAGACCGAGGCCAUGGUCCUCGGACGGACGAGAGGGUGGGGACAGUUGCCGGAGGGCACUUCAGUCAGGGUGGGAGCGGUAUGCCUCCUCGCCAGCACUCCACCCUGGGAGUUGGAGGCAGAGGUACUAGCGGAGAGAUACCGACUGAGGGCAGAAGCCAGAGGGCGUGACGAGCUCCCGGACGCGGAGGAGGCCGAAAGAACGUCAAGAGCAGCCGCGGAGCGCCUGCGUCAGAGGUGGAGGGUUACCUUGGAGGAUAGCCACUAUGGAACCCGAACUAUAGAGGCUAUUCUCCCAGUAAUGGACAGGUGGGUUGAUCGGAGGAAGGGCGCCCUGACUUAUCGGGUCACGCAGAUAGUGUCCGGACACGGGUGUUUCGGACACUAUCUGCAUAAAAUACAGAGAGAACCGCGGCCUCAGUGCCACGAGUGCGGUGUGGCGGACGACACGGCCCAACACACUCUGGAAGAGUGCACUCGUUGGGCCGUGGAAAGAGCUACCCUCAGGGCAGAGACGGGAGCGGCGGACCUCUCGCUACGCGGCGUAGUAGAGACUAUGCUGGGUAGCGAGAGAAAAUGGAAGGCGGUGGCCUCCUUCUGCGAAGCAGUCAUGUCGCGGAAGGAGGAAGCAGAGAGAGAGCGAGAGGCAGCUGUUGACGCUCCUCCGCUACGACGAAAGCGGCUGGGUCGAAGGCGGAGAGCGUACGCUCGCCUCGAGCCCUAG